GCUGCCUCCAGGUGACGUCAGGGGGGGAAGGCCAGGGCGAUGCGGCUGCCGGCCGAGCCGGCCCAUGGACGCCGAGCGGAUGGACAGCCUGGACGGCUGGGUCUCGGUGAAGAGCGGUCUGUUCGCGGAGACGCAGCGCCCCCGCCUGCGCUUCCUGGCCGCCUGGAACGAUGUGGAGGGAAAGUUCGCCGUCACCUGUCACAACCGGCAGCUGCAGGCGCGGGCCGCCGAGCCCGAGCCCGAGGCCCCGGCUCCGAGCAGCUGGGCUGCGCUCUACUCCCCGCAGGAGCUCUGCUGCAUCCACCGGGUGCUGGCCGCCAGCUGCGCCGCCCUGGAGCGCUGCUUCCCCGCGCUGCCAGAGCUUAGGCCCCGGGGUCUGUGGGGCCUCUUGUUCCCGGGCAGCUCUCUGGCCGAGGGCUCCGAGCCCGGCCCCGACCUGGACUCCGUCUGCCGCCAGCUCGAACUCUACCUGGACGCCGCCAUCGAGCUCUGCGGACAUCGCAUCGCCCUGGACACUCUCUUCCCCGAGGGCGAGGUCGAGGACUACUUCGAGAGUGUGAGCGAGCUCCGUGGCCGCAGCCUGGAGCAGCGGGUGGCCAGCGGACGGGAGGCGCUGAGGAAGAUCUUGAACCAACACAUUCAAGCUAAGAAUCUGGUAACCCUUAAAAGAUUCUACCUGGAGGAAGAUGAAGCCUAUCAGGAGCUGGUCACUGCCGCCACGCAAUUCUACCAGUGUUUACUGCAGCCUUUCCGGGAUAUGCGAGAGUUUGCCUCGCUGUGUAAACAGGAGGCCUUGAAAUCAUUGGAGUUUGACACUCUGGGUCCAAGGAGAAUUCAGAGUCUGCAGAAAGAAGUGGAAGAAUGGUCCCGGCGCAUGCAAGAAGCAGUCUGCUCAAUCCAGGACAUAACAGUGGAUUAUUUCCGGGAGACGGUGAAAGCGCUGGCAGCUAUGCAGAAACGGAUGGAAGAAGAUCCAACUCACUUUGGCAAAGCUGCCUGGGCCAGUGUGGCACCCAGACAGGAGAAAUUGAGGUUCAUGUUUGCGAAGGAAACUUUACAAUACACCCGGGCAAAAGAGCUGUGUUUGAAGCGCAAGAAAACGCAGAUUCAGUACAAGAUGGCGCAUCUUGACACCAGGAAAGCAGUGGCGAUGGUGGAUGAGUUAGAAAUGCAGUAUUAUGAAACGCAGCUGGAGUUGUACAACAUUCAACUUGAAACGUUAAAAUAUGAGGAGCUGCUGGUUGUCGCUCAGCUGGACACCCUUCGACGUGAAGCCAGGGAGAAAGAGGAAGAAGUGGUUUACUAUGAUGCCUGUGAAGACCCUGAGCAGCUUCGGGCCAAUGAAGGGAUGGGCCUGGUACAUGACAGUCGCUCGGUAGACAUUAAGAUGUUGUUGCACAAAGUUCACCAGCUGGAGAAUAAACGAGGUGCCAUUUGCUCACGGCGAUCGUACCUGAGGAAUAAGCGGGAGGAGUGUAAAGAAACACAAAGAGCUAAGCAGCAGCAGUUGCAAGGAGAAGAAGCUAAUUUCCGACAACACCAUAGCAUUCAGGUGAAACAUGACCAGAAUAAAGAAGAAAACAUAAGGAGACGGGAGUGGGUAAACAUGGAGAGGCAAAAGACUUUGCAAAGGCUGCGUAGUUUUAAAGAGAAAUCCUCAGGACAGAUUGCAUUUAAACCUCGUUGUCAAACUUCCAGAGUGCAGAACCAAGACACAGCAGCAUCGCACUCUGCCAGCAAAAAGCAACCCAGAGCCUCCAAGUCUUCCAGCAAUGUUCCAGUGCACAUCUUCCUCCCGUCAGGUGCUGUAAUAUCUUCAGGAGAGGCAGACACAAGAGCAAUCUCUUCAGUGAUGCUUCCACCACCAGCGCCCCCACCACCACCACCACCACCACUGCCCCCACCACCUCCUCUUCCUCCGGUUCUCCUGAGCAGCAAGGGCACAUCAGAAGGCACGAAAGAACAGCCACUCAUCUUCACCAGUGAAAAUUCAGCAAAGAAAUCCCUAAAGGAAAAUAUAGGAUCCAUGGACGAUGUGCUGGCUUCACUAAAGCGUGGCGAAGUGUUGCUUAAGAAGGUUGAUCGGACUAAGGUGCUGUCUGCAGAGAAGCCUGUGGGUUUGCGAGAUAAUUUGUUAGCUGAGAUUCGCCGAGGUGUCCCAUUGCGAAAGGUCCAAGAAGGCCCUGUCCAACCCUUGAACAAUGACCCAACCACCGAGUUAGAGCGCAGCAUCAAAGCAGCCAUGAAACGGAUGAAGACGGUGUCUCCGGAAUCUGAAGAUGAAGAUGAUGAAGAUGCACAGGCUGAGGAAUGGGACAGCUGACCUAGGCUGUUGCCUGGUACUUGUUGCAAAUAACCCCAUCUGCAACUUUGGAUCUAGUCCAUCUGAAAUGGCUGAUAGGAUAAUGCAGUUGUAGCAAAAUAGAAAUGGAAGUGUAGUAGAUGACGCACCCAACCAGUUUUGAUGCUGAAGGAUCCAAUUGGUGAGCUCUUCUACCACAAAACCUCACAACAUUCAGUGUCACGUGAAGGUUGGAAUAUGACCAUCCAAAAGUACCCGUGGUGCUUAAUCGCAGUCAACUGGCAGUCAGACAAUUCUGGCAUAAAGAAAAAUCAAUAUUCAGUCAUUUGAAUUGUGCCUUUACAUUAUCAGAUCUCGCCCUGCUGCAUACUAGCACAACAUACACACUUGUGAUGUGUGGAUACUGCCUACAUGCGCAUCUUCAAACAUGUUUUAAUCUUUUGUGUAGACUCUUCCUUCAGGCUGUUUUCCUUGCUCCCCAUUCAAUUCUUGCUGAGCUGCCUUGGUUUUGAUUUGAAGCCUGAUUAUCCCUAUUGCACUUAAGAGAAUAUUUUAAGAACCAAGAUCUUGUAUUAUCACUGUGCCAACAGAGUUCAUUUUUACAGUUCCUUUCAUGUAUUUUGAUUUCAGGUCCAGUGAUUGAGGACAGGGUAGGGAAGUGCAGGUGAAGGGAGAUGUCCACAAUGGUAUUAAAUGGUGAUGCAGGCUGGCGGCACAGUAUGUCUCCUGCGUUUGAUGUUGCGUGGUAGUAGAAAUAUUGGAGAAGGAAUGUCACUUCAAACAUGGGAGGCAGGAUGAGGAAAGAACAAAGGCUUCUAUUUUUCAUCUUUGAAGCCCGAGCCAGUACAUUUUUGGGGGGAAAACGUGUGUAGUUGUGAUGUGUGAAAUGCAGCCGCCAAGUUGUUUAUGAUGAGGUCCUGCUAACGGCAACCUGUCAAUGUCCCAAUCAAUCACAUUCUGUGAGAGGCUCCAGGGCAACCCUCCGGCUAUUGGAAUAGUGAUAAAGGGCAAUUUAAAUGCAGCUCACCUAAGGUGAGGGUUGGGUUUGAUGUUGGUGAGGGUCACAUCCACCAGUAAAGCACUCCCUACGUGCUGCAUGCGGUGACUUUAAGUGACAGCAUCACUUUUCUAAGGCACUGGGAUGUGAUUAUGGUGAGAUUUAAACACAAGAUUGAGGAUUUUAUAUUUGUACUGGGGCAUUAGGCUGGUGCAAGUUAGUGAGGAGAAAUGGCGAUACCAGGAGGCAGAACAGCAGUGUUUCAGCUGGUGAAAGUUAACUUGAUGGAAACAGUUGCCUCUGCUGCCCACUGUGAGCUGGGCUUCUACGGAAUGCUUGCAUGUCUGGAAAGAGAAUAAUUGAUUGAAAACUGGAAAGGGGCUGUUUGGAUUUAAUACAGCACAAGAUGCUUGAGCGAUGAACUGUUGACGUUGUACUUGCAAUGGGAGCAGUCCCGCUCUGGGUUUGAUGAGGACCGGGACACCAGUGUGUGGUUCUGGGGUUUAAAGGGAACCUUCCCAAGCGGAGGCAACCUUUUCAGUGCUGCUGUUUAACGUCUUUCGUUCCAGUCUCUUGUUGGAUGACGGCCGUGUAUUUGAUUGUAAUGCCCUCCAUAGUUGAAUAGGGAUGCCAAUAUUGUUUGGACAUGAGAAAGGUGGUUAGUAAGAAGAACUGAAAAGCCAUUUAAAAAGAUUCAUCCGAUUGAGAACUGCACAAUAGCUGAGGGAGAAUAGACUAAUAUUGCAUUGUGCUUUUCACUCUUUGCUGCAGAAUUAUUCCUCUCAGAAUGUUGAUGUGAAUAAACCACUGCUAAUCCUGUUAACUAAA